UCUUCGCUAAAAUAUCAAGCCAACCAUGAAUAGCUGACAACAACGUCAGCCAAGGUGGCCAGUCGAGGAUGAAAUUUUCAACGUCAGCAGCUAGGGUGAAGCUGUCACCCUGUCAGCAACUGACAGCAACACGUAUUCAGCCCCUGCAAAAGUUAGAAAACUUUUCCUGUGACUUUGCGGGCGCGUGCACAGAAAGCAGAAUUGUACUGAAAAAUCGACUAACGCCGUCACAAAAAUGUGGAGUCAACCAAUUGAACGCAGUGAAUGAUGUGGGGAUUAGUCUGGCGAUUAGAAAACAAGUUAUUUCUUAUCUCUUCGUUUCACUCCUGCUACUCAUAUUGCUGAGUUUUCCUGGAGUGAGUGGUGCUAGCAAGACUCGAGUGGUUAAUACAAAGUAUGGCAGUGUCCAAGGAUUCAUCCGGCCUCUUGGGCAUCUUUUAGGAGAUAUCGAGGUAUUUUUGGGUGUUCCUUAUGCCUCAGCGCCAGUGGAAGACGGCAGGUUUACCCCAACAAACUCCCCAACGCCCUGGGAUAAAGUAAGGGACGCUACUCAACAGCCUCCUGUUUGUCCUCAAAUUCUGCCCGAUGUUGACAACUCGAUGACCGACGAGAGGGCAACUUACAUUCGUAGAAUUCGUCCAUUUCUCCUCAACCAAAGCGAGGAUUGCCUCACCCUUUCAAUUUACUCACCUAUUCAAGUGAUCCCUGGCUCGGAAGUGUAUCCUGUGGUGGUGUACCUACACGGGGAGUCCUUCAGCUGGGGCGCAGGAUCCCUCUACGACGGCUCCGUGCUGGCCGCUUACGGCCGCGUGGUUGUGGUCACCAUCAACUACAGGCUUGGCCCUCUCGGCUUCCUGAACAGCUACCCCGGCGAAGGUUCGGCUGGAGUAGCAAGCAACUUCGCGUUGUUGGACCAAAUUGCAGCGCUGAGUUGGCUUGUGGACAACAUCGGGCACUUCCAUGGCGACAGAAACAAAGUUACUCUCGUGGGCCGCGACACGGGUGCCGCUUGUAUCACAUACCUCAUGGAGAGCCCUGUUAUGCCUCCAGGUUUGACGAACACAAGGUGGGGCCCGAGUGUUGAUGGCGUUGUGGUGGCCCCAGACAUAAGAGGGAAGCACUCGCACGACCUACUGCUGGGGUUCACGCCGUGGGAAGGUUGGUCGUGGCUGCCCCACGAGCUGCACCGAGGCGUCGAUAACUCCACCUUCGUCCGCAUUGCUCGCACGCUUGUCAGGAACACUCGAAGGCAUCACCUGAAGGCAUUCCAGCUACCGGGCUGGGAGCUGGGGCUGCUCUGGGGCUCAGGCCUCUCUGACAGUUCAGUGGGCCUCACCCCUGAGCCUCCUCUGCCCGGGCCGGUCCUCGCGCAGCUCUCUGAAGACCUCAUAACGCUCGUCACAAACUUCGCCAAGUCCGGAGACCCGAACCUUCCUCGCGAGUCGCCGUCUCCCGGAUUUGCCGCUAUAGCCUGGCCAGAUAUAAGGAAUUAUUUAUUUAUGAUUAACAAACCUAAACGAAUUGCAGGCGUGCCACCGUCCAUCGGAUCACAGUACCGAGCUCACCAGCUCGCCCUGUGGUCUUGGCUGAUCCCAGAGCUGGAGGCUGUCGGGGAGGGCGCUCCUCAUCGAGUCUCCAACGAUUCCUGGGAGCUCAGCGAUGACCCUGUCUGGUUCUACGGAGCCAUUAGACCCGUUGAUCCCUGGGCCUUUUUAGACCCUAAAAAUCAAAACAAAAGCGGGGCUAUUGCGUCAGGAGUGGCGGUUGCGUCUACUACAGACCCUACCUUAUCAGACCAAACCUCGCACCUCACUACAACUCUCGCUCUCUCGCCAACUAUCGACAGCCCGUCUUCGGAAGGUCUCCUACCAGCGCCCAUGAGCUUCAUGCGUUACUCUACGGCGCUGCUCGCCACUCUUGGAAUGGGGACAUCGCUGCUCCUCCUCAACGCCAUCAUCUUCGGUCUGAUCAUCUGGAGGCGGCCGAGGCGCAGCCAGCAAGCCAAACUCAACACCCGGCAACCUCAGCUGCAGAGCGUCUCGGGCGGGCUCAACGAAGAUGCUUCUCUCCUGAGCAUGAUGACCGUCAGCCAAUCCACCAGCCAGUCUGCCAGUUCUGCCAUGACUGCCGGCCAGACAACCAUGACUUCGUCUUUGUCGUGUCCGGGAGAAGAAUCUCCUCAGUCUUCAAUAUCGUCAGCUUCGUACCCAACGACUCGCUACACUUCCAUUAGGAAGAGCAAUCUUAAGAAGAAGCAAGGCAACGGGUCGCUCGGGGUCUUGCCUGAGUACGUUUCCUCCUCGUGUGAUAAGCUCUGCCACGGGCGCCCGUCUAUCCUGAAGAGUUCGUCGUCGACGCAUCACGACUUCUAUAAAAGCGUGAAGCCUAAUGAAAAUCAGCGAUCUCACGACACUUUACAUCAAAUUGCUGAAGUGUACAGUCCCAGCAAGAACAUGAUACUCUACAGCUGCCAAUCUCCAGCGUCCAGCAUUCAGAGCUCAAGUGAACAGAACAACGACAAAAAUCACUUCAGACAACGGGUGGAACAACAGCAGAAUAUGCAGCAACAACUGAAGGCCCUUUCUUCAGCAACUCUCUGCCGGCGACAAUCCAUCCCAUGUCUGCCACUGGAAGACGAUGGCGGGCGCGGUGAAUGCAGCAGGACACUUCCUCGUCAUUCAGAUUCUGGAUCCAGACAGCGGCUGAAAGAAUCCAAUGAAAGCCUGCGUUGCAGCCGAGAGUCUUGCAGUUCGUCCAUGUUCAACAUUCCAUCUUCAAAAAUGAGCGAAAAUCAAAAUAGUUUUGAUGAUUCUCAUCGUGCUGUCGUACAAUCAAAUUGCGCGUUUCGCUCCGAACAAAGUGAAACCAUGGAACAUUCAACCUCAUCCAGAAACAUUAAUAGAUUAGCUCACAUUUCAGAUACAUGCCGAUCUAACGAAACUCCACAGAAUAUUUCUAGUCCACGUCAUUCAUAUCAAACUACCGAACCUAGUGAUGGCUUUGCUAAACAGCAAGAUGAGCUUCAAAAAAUGUAUUCUCAAAGAUCCUUUAGUCCCGUAAGUAGUUUUCUUCGUAAACCGAGGCCGGUUCAGUCACAAGUCGAGGACAACGAGACUAUGUCACCGUUUGAAGUUCUACCAGCUUGUCCUCCAGAGUUCCAAAAUGAGACACAGCCUUUAGAGGUUCCAGAUCCACCCCCUCCACCUCGAAUAUCUGCCCAUGCCAUCCAGCAUCAUAAGAUCCAGCAGAACCAAUACGGUAAUAAUCAACAUCAGCCCUCCACAUCAACAGCUUCAACAAUUCCGUCGACUCAUUUGCAGCACCAAUCUUUAUUACACCAGCAAAACGUUGGUGUGACAUCACACCAACAAAUGGUGAUUAUGCCGCCACCACACACCUCAACACAUCAACAAUUUCGGCCACGGCAGGGCGAGAAAAGAGUUACGAUUAUAGAGGAAGGGGUGCAUAAACUGUGAGCUGAAGGAUAAGUCUUUUUUAGCCGAUAUUUACUUUUCAUGGUAAUUUAUAUAUCAAAUCGGCACGGAAUUAAUAAAUAUAACUAAAUCCCGCCACAGAAGAAAUGACUUCACUAAUGAAUCUUUAACGAUCAGUAAUCGGCUAUUUGCUUUAGUGACCCUUGUUGGCUCAACUGCAUUCUCUUUAUUCUGCUAAAUCAUGCGCUAUAGUAAUUAAAUGUCAAGUCAAAGACCGAUAUCUUAAACUCGUUAUCUGUUUCCACUACGUUUAAUUUUACUCUUACGUCGUUAUAUGAUUAAAUAAUAUACUAAAAACCAUCAGAUACCUUUUCACAAUCGCUUAACGUUAAUAGCGUACAAUAGUAAUUUCCCUCAAACUUAAAUAAACAUUUUAAUCAAUCAUUUAACUUAAUUCCAACCUGAAUUGCUCAAUAAAUCAUCCAAUAAAAUAUGCCAGGACGUGAUUUAUCAAAUUACUCGUACAUCUCUGUAAAAGUUUAACAAGUCGGAUAUAUACAUCGUCGAAUAAUAGUCUUUUUUCUGACUAAGGAAUAGCAACGUAACGAUUUGAGAUAAAUGUUAUAAGGCUAUUUGUUUUACUUGAUGUGCAUAUUACAAUGUCUCUCCUACUAUUCUCAAAGUCUUACGCUAAACUCCUGUUGUUAAAAUGUGUCCCUUCUCGCACUAACUUCCAAGCUAGCAAUUCACUUGACUACGGCCAAACCUUAUUUCCUGCAACGCGCCUGAUAGUUCUAAACAAAAAUUAUUAUGUAAAUAGCUUCAAUCAUUGUUCAUGUGUUACGAUCAAGCAACAAUUGUGUAGCCAUGUAUGUGAACAUUAAAAAUAAAAUUGAUGGAAGCGAAAGUUAAAUUAGUUUCGAUUCUAUAGUGGAUGUAGCUGAAAUUAUUUUAUACGCAAGUUCAGCAUGCAAUUGAGAAAACCGACACAUUUCGUACUGACGCGCGUUCGCAAAAAUGCUGCACGUUUGUAUUAGGCAUACAAAACAUUUGGUUCGGGUGUAGUUUGUUAAAAAAUAAAUUGAAGAAUUACAUUUUGGAAUCCAUGACUUACUUUAUAUUCAUUAUGCCUAGACACAAGUCCGCUUACGUUGAAUAAUUUAUCUGCAAUGUGAUAAAUAUGAUUGUUCUAAAUAAAUGAUGUUUCUUAA